GAGGAGGAAAAUGAAACUUUGUUUUAUGUUUGGUGGAAGCUCAUAAGUUGUGCCAGCUAAUCUCAUUCACUCCAUUAAACUAUUCUUUUGCUGAAAAGUCGUUUCUUUUCUUUUUGUGUUUUUCUUUCUCAAUUAUUUUAUCAACUCAACUCUGUCUGUUCCACUACACUUUGGCCUUCACUGGAAAGUAGUGGUACUUGAAUGCCAUUAAAAGUUAAGUGAUCUUUGCAAGUGUGAUGCAGGUGGUGUGAUCUACAACCCCUGGAAUUAGCUCACUCUUGUUUGCUUGCUUGCUUUGUCUUUGAUGAUUGGGGUUAUCAUUUACGACUUUGGAAUUUGCACAACAGCACAAGUACAAAAAGCAGAUAAAUUAUGCCUUUACUUUGGAAAGGACAUGGCUCUGUACUUUUGGGGGUUAUAUAGGGUUAUGGCCGAGUAGUUGUUGUUGCACCAAUUUUUGAAGGCAAGAUGGGGGAAACGGCAGCUUCCAAUCCUGCUUUGCAAGUCUCUGUUUCGUUCGGUAGAUUUGAGAACGAUUCCUUGUCUUGGGAGAAAUGGUCUGCUUUCUCACCGAAUAAGUACUUGGAAGAAGUUGAGAAGUGUGCCACACCUGGAUCAGUUGCUCAGAAGAAAGCUUACUUUGAAGCUCAUUACAAGAACGUUGCUGCCCGGAAAGCCGAAUUACUUGCUCAAGAGAAGCAGACGGAGAAAGCUUCUGUUAAACCACAAUAUCAAAAUGAUGAAGAUCUGAGUUGUAACAGUUGUGUGACUGAUGCAGAAUGUGAUAUUUCCAAUGCUCAAGGUUCUAGUGAAGGGGUUAAGCAAGAAACCAAUUCAGUCGGUGAGAUUGUUAGGACAGAUGUGAGUAAUUUGGAGGAGUCUUCCGCAGUUUCAAGAGACUAUCAAGGUUCAUCAGUUGAGGGAGAGAAAGUGAAUGAUGAACUGGAGAGAAGAUCAGGUAGUUCCCUGAUAGAGAAACAGGAAGAAGUUGUCUGCGUUGAACAAGGAGGAAGUAAAGAAGAAAGUCCUAACAUUGAAGCUGAAGGUUUGAAGGAAAUUUCACACAAUGUAAACAAUGAGCCAGUAAAGGCUUCAGAAGUUGAAACACAAUAUAAGACAAUGGAUAAUCCAAAGGUAUCUAAGAAGGUUGCCCCAGUGAGCAGAGAAAGUAAUGCAAUAAAGGGGAAGAAGAAAUCCAUGCAACCUACGUCUAAGCCUAAGGCAUCUCGAAUUUCUACUCCUAGGAAUCCAAAGCCAACAUCAACUACCACCAAAAUAUUGUCAUCUGCAUCUUCAACUAAAAGGGAAAUUUCUCCAUCAAUAUCUAGGAGGGAAACUGGUUCCACUGCAGAGAACAGAAAAAUUCCUAAUAAAACUUUGCACAUGUCCCUUAGCUUGGGUCCAAGCCAAUCUGAACCUGCUCCACGUACUUCAGUGAGGAAAUCUUUGAUUAUGGAGAGAAUGGGGGAUAAGGACAUAGUCAAACGAGCAUUCAAGACUUUUCAGAAAAAUUUCAAUCAGCCCAAAACUUCUGGUGAAAACAAAUCUUUGGUUCCUUCGAAGGUGACAGAGCCAAGGAAUCUGACAUCUAUAUCUCUGCGAAAGGAAUACGGGCAGUCACCCAAGGUUGACAGUGCUGGUAAAAGAAGUGGGAAUACUGCACGAACUGCUUCCGGCCUAAAAGCUGAUGUUAAAGCAGAGAAAGGAAAAGAGUUUCCAAGAAAAAUAGAAGAAAAUUUGUAUGCAAAAGAGGUAGAAAGAAUGCAUUAUCAAUCGAAAUCAAAGGAGGAAAAGAUAAAACAGAAUAUCAAGGCCACUUCCUUGCCAGCUUUUCACCAGGGUCCGAAGAAAGCAUCCAAAAACCACCCAGAAAAGGAGGAAAUUAAGAUGGAGAAAUGGAGGUAGCCUAAGAAGCAUGAGAAAAUGAGGUUGAAAACAUUAUGAUAUCUUAGUCUGGUCACACUAUGAUAUCUUAGUUUAGUCUGCAACAGGGGAACAAUUAUCUAGUUAUAUAGGACUAUAGGAGCUGAUGAACAAUGUAAGGAAAAGGAAGGAGCAAAGCAUCAAUUAUUGGCAAUAAAUUUGGUGUGAGAAACAGUGUUUGUAUAACUGUAGUAUCCAAUGUGAGAAUGCAUGCAUUUUCUUAUGAUUGGUUGCAUUGUUUCCAUCUAUGGGGGGAUAUUUGUAUUAAUUUUGGGUGGGAUCAAGGGAAAUGCUCUUGGGACCCAAUGGGGAAUGGAAAAUGGGGAUACCUACUACACAAGCAAUAACCCAUCGGAGUUGCAUUGCACAAUUUUUCGCAGUAGUUCCAUCGAAGUUAAGCUUCAGGUGUCUUGUUCUUGAUUGAUUUUGGAUAUGGCUAGAAAGGGAAAGUCAACAGCGUGGAGUGCAUCAUUGCUAAAUCUUUUUUAUGUUAACAAGUGUAUUAUUUCUUACUUUUCGAGUUCUUUUAAUAAUUUUAUAUAUGUUUAAUAUAAA